AUGGACCCGGAAUCUUGGAGAACCCAAUCCCGUACUGUUGGUGUGCUUGGAGCCACUGGGACGGUCGGGCAACGAUUUAUUGUUCUGUUGUCGAAGCAUCCCAACUUCAAGUUGGUCGCCUUGGGUGCAUCAUCGCGGUCUGCAGGGAAAGCGUACUCCCUCUCAGCUCGAUGGAAACAAGCUGUCCCGAUACCCGAGAGCGUCAAAGACAUGAUUGUCCAAGAAUGUUCUCCCGAACAUUUCAAAGGCUGCGACAUCAUCUUCAGCGGUUUGGAUGCCGAUGUGGCGGGAGAUAUCGAGUCCCGAUUUAGAGCGCACGACUUGGCCGUUUUUUCAAACGCAAAAAACUACCGUCGGGACCCGCUGUGUCCAUUGAUCGUGCCACUAGUAAACUCGAACCACUUAGGGAUCGUAGAUCACCAAAGGAAGACACAUGUCGACCCGAUGACAAAGCUACCUUCGCCUCUAAAGAAGGGAUUUAUCGUCACCAAUGCGAAUUGUUCGACUACGGGCUUGGUAGUCCCCUUGAAAGCACUAGAAGCAAGCUUUGGGCCGAUCGACAAGGUCAUCGUCACAACCCUCCAGGCGAUAUCCGGUGGAGGCUAUCCCGGGGUGCCUUCACUGGACGUCCUGGACAAUGUGGUCCCGUUCAUUUCUGGAGAAGAAGAGAAGAUUGAAUGGGAGUGUCUCAAGAUCCUCGGAACACUAGACGACGCGUCUAACCCGACUUCAAUCGUCCUACGGAGCGAGACAGCGACCGACCGCUCGUUGACAGAGAUCCAGCAGACGUCGACGGGCCCAAUGAAGAUCAGUGCCACCACCACUAGAGUCCCUGUGCUUGAUGGCCACACCGCCACCGUCUCACUCUCCUUCAAAAACCAGCCGCCUCCUUCUCCUGAAGACUGUGUCAGAGCUCUAAGAGCCUAUCGUUCAGCUCCUCAGACCUUCAAUUGCCCCUCUGCUCCGGUGCAUUCUAUCUUUGUGCAUGAUGAAGAGGAUCGGCCUCAGCCCCGUCUGGACCGAUACUUCCAGGACGGUGCCGGAGUCAGCGUGGGCAGAGUCAGAGAAUGCCCCGUCUUGGACAUCAAGUUCAUCGUGCUUUCGAAUAACGUCAGUAUUGGUGCUGCGACCAGUAGCAUCAUGAAUGCCGAAUUAGCUGUUGCUCAGAACGUUGUGUGA